CGCCCUCUUGUGACUUGCUGACAUAAUCAAAAUUGUCUUGUGGUGGGCAGUGCAAAGAUUGGUCGCGCGCGCCAAUUUGCGUGGAAUUCUCUGUGAAAUAAUACCAAUUUGUGAAUUUAUAAAACACAGACAUGGCUCCCCCAUACUAUGCUGACCUUGGAAAGAAGGCCAAUGAUGUCUUCAGCAAGGGCUAUCACUUUGGUGUUUUCAAACUCGACCUGAAGACCAAGAGCGAGUCUGGUGUUGAAUUCACCAGCGGAAUCACCUCCAACCAGGAAAGCGGAAAAGUUUUUGGCAGCCUUUCUUCCAAAUUUGCAGUGAAAGACUAUGGCUUGACUUUCACAGAGAAGUGGAACACAGACAAUACAUUAGCUACUGACAUCACAAUCCAGGACAAGAUUGCUGCUGGCCUUAAAGUCACCCUUGAAGGCACUUUUGCCCCACAGACUGGAACUAAAACUGGAAAAUUGAAGACCUCAUUCACCAAUGACACAGUAGCAGUGAACACUAACUUGGAUCUGGACUUGGCCGGUCCAGUUGUAGACGUUGCAGCAGUACUAAACUACCAGGGUUGGCUGGCUGGUGUACACACCCAGUUUGAUACACAAAAAGCAAAGUUCUCCAAGAACAACUUUGCUCUAGGUUACCAAUCUGGUGACUUUGCUCUCCACACUAACGUAGACAAUGGUAAAGAUUUCGGCGGUUCAAUCUACCAGAAGGUAUCUGACAAGCUGGACUGCGGCGUCAGCAUGAAGUGGACGGCGGGUUCGGCCGACACAUUAUUCGGAGUUGGAGCGAAGUACGCGCUGGACCAAGACGCGUCUCUGCACGCCAAGAUCAACAACAAGUCCCUCAUCGGUCUUGGUUACCAACAGAAACUACGCCCAGGCGUAACCCUUACAUUGUCUGCUGCCAUCGAUGGACAGAACUUCAAUGCAGGUGGCCACAAGGUUGGCGUUGCCCUCGAACUCGAGCCCUAGAAAAUAUAACCAAACCUACUCUUGUAGAUAAAUACAUACUGUUAUCACAACCAAACAGCGUGUAUAGAGAAUCAAUCAGUAUCGUAGAAAUUACGUGUAUAGUGCCCGGAGCGUUCAAAACGCAAUAUUCCUUUCCUGCUUUCCUAAUAACGCUGUGAGACUAUUUCAUUAGCUUUUCCUAAAUGUUUGUAAACAAUUCGCGUCAAAAUAUAGUCUCACUCGACUUUUAAUUAAUAAAUCUUGUAAAUAAGCACCUGUGGUGUGAUAUAUAAUUGAUUGAAUGAUAAUAAAAAUGAAUAGUCUGUUUUAAUCAACUAAA